AUGGAGGAGACCAAGACAGAAAAGGAGAAUCUUGACAACAUGGCUGUCCAAAUCCAGAAGGAGAAAGAGGUAAUUGAAAGUGUUGUUGAGGAUAUCAAGGCAAAGAAGACUGAUAUGGAAUUGAUGAAAGCUGAGAUUGAGACAGAGAAACAAGAGACAGAAAACAUGAAGGAUGUGAUAUCAAGCGAGAAACGUUAUUUGGAGCAAAUGAAGAUAGAGAUGGAAAAAACCAUGGACAAGAUAGCAAUUGAUGUUGGUGAUUUGGAACAGAAAAAGGCUGAGAUUGAGAGAGAAAGAGAUGAAGCAGACAAGAGGAUGGUUGAAUUGAAAGAGGAAGAGCAAAGUAUGAAGGAGGAUAUUAAGAAGACGAAAGACAACCUAGAGCAGAUCAAUGCUGAAAUACAAUUACAGCGAGAGGACAUUGCAACCCAAAUGGAGGAGCUAAAUGUCAAAAAAGUAGAGUUGGAAAACAUCCAAGCUGAUCUAGACAGACAGAAAGUAGAACAUGAUGAGAUGAGAAAAUAUAUAUUUGUGGAAAAGAAUCAACUAGAUGAGAGGAAUGCUGCCUUGCAAAAACAAAGGGAGGAGGUGGGUAAAGUCAUGGAACCAACAGCUAUGGUGAAGAAAGAUGUGAUGAAGGCUGAAGUAAACACACAGACAGAGCCCAUGGAAGACAGCUUGGAGGAACAGCUCAAAAGGGGCAUGGAAGAAGUUGCAGGUCAUGACAUACAUAAAGAGAAAGAGGACCUGGAACAAACCAACAGGCUGGCAAUGAUAGAGAGGGAUGAGUUGGAAUCCAUGAAGUCUGAAAUAGGAAAACAAAGACAAGAAAUAGAGGAGAACAAACAAAAGAUACAGGAUGAGAAGGAUGAGAUUGAAAAGAUCAAGAAUGAUUUACAGACACGGUCAGAGAAUCUAGACAACCUCAUGGAAGAGACAAAGAGGGAAAAGGAGAAUGUUAAGGACAGGGCUGUUCAAAUCCAGAAGGACAAGGAGGAAAUUGAACAUGUUAUUGAGGAUACCAAGACAAAGAAAGCAGAACUGGAAAUGAUGAAAGCUGCGAUAAAGACAGAGAAACAAGAAACAGAAAACCUGAAGGACAUGAUAUCAAAGGAGAAACAUGACUUGGAACAAAUUAAGAUGCAGAUGGAAAAAGAAAUACAAGAAUUGCAUAACACCAAGGACAUGAUAGAAAUUGAUGUUGGUAAGCUGGAACAAAGAAAGGUUGAGUUAGAAGGAGAAGAAGAUGGAGUGAAAAAUCAGAUGGCUGCACUGAAAGAGGAAGAGCAGAAUAUGAAAGAGACUAUUGGGAAGAUGAAAGAAAAUUUUGAGCAGAUUAAUGCCGAAAUACAACUACAAAGAGAUGAUAUUGCAACCCAAAUGGAAGAGUUAAAUGUCAAAAAAGAAGAGUUGGAAAACAUUCAAAUGGACAUCGACAGACAAAAAGAACAGAUGGACGAAAAGCAAAAUACUAUAAUCAUGGAAAAGAAUGAACUGGAAGAGAAGCUUGCUGGCAUGCAAAAACAAACGGAGGAGGUGGAAGCCAUCAUUGAAAUGACAAAGCGGAGAAGGAGGAUGUGAUGAGGAUAAAGGCUGAAAUAGAGGAACAGAAAGAUCAAAUGGAAGACAAUCUGAUGGAAACUCUGAAACAUGACAGAGAAGAACUUGAACGUCUAAAACAUAACAUACAAAUUGAAAAGGCGGACCUCGAAAAAAUUACACAAUUGGCAAUGAAAGGUCGGGAUGAGUUGGAAUUACAAGUGUCUGAAAUGCAAACCCAAAGAGAGGGAAUAGAAAAAGACAAACAAAAGAUACAAGAUGAGAAGGAUGAGGUGGAACAGAUCAAGAUGGAGUUACGGAGAAGGUCAGAGAAUCUAGACAAAAUUAUGGAGGAGACCAAGACAGAAAAGGAGAAUCUUGACAACAUGGCUGUCCAAAUCCAGAAGGAGAAAGAGGUAAUUGAAAGUGUUGUUGAGGAUAUCAAGACAAAGAAGACUGAUAUGGAAUUGAUGAAAGCUGAGAUUGAGACAGAGAAACAAGAGACAGAAAACAUGAAGGAUGUGAUAUCAAGCGAGAAACGUUAUUUGGAGCAAAUGAAGAUAGAGAUGGAAAAAACCAUGGACAAGAUAGCAAUCGAUGUUGGUGAUUUGGAACAGAAAAAGGCUGAGAUUGAGAGAGAAAGAGAUGAAGCAGACAAGAGGAUGGUUGAAUUGAAAGAGGAAGAGCAAAGUAUGAAGGAGGAUAUUAAGAAGACGAAAGACAACCUAGAGCAGAUCAAUGCUGAAAUACAAUUACAGCGAGAGGACAUUGCAACCCAAAUGGAGGAGCUAAAUGUCAAAAAAGCAGAGUUGGAAAACAUCCAAGCUGAUCUAGACAGACAGAAAGUAGAACAUGAUGAGAUGAGAAAAUAUAUAUUUGUGGAAAAUAAUCAACUAGAUGAGAGGAAUUCUGCCUUGCAAAAACAAAGGGAGGAGGUGGGUAAAUUCAUGGAACCAACAGCUAUGGUGAAGAAAGAUGUGAUUAAGGCUGAAGUAAACACACAGACAGAGCCCAUGGAAGACAGCUUGGAGGAACAGCUCAAAAGGGGCAUGGAAGAAGUUGCAGGUCAAGACAUACAUAAAGAGAAAGAGGACCUGGAACAAACCAACAGGCUGGCAAUGAUAGAGAGGGAUGAGUUGGAAUCCAUGAAGUCUGAAAUAGGAAAACAAAGACAAGAAAUAGAGGAGAACAAACAAAAGAUACAGGAUGAGAAGGAUGAGAUUGAAAAGAUCAAGAAUGAUUUACAGACACGGUCAGAGAAUCUAGACAACCUCAUGGAAGAGACAAAGAGGGAAAAGGAGAAUGUUAAGGACAGGGCUGUUCAAAUCCAGAAGGACAAGGAGGAAAUUGAACAUGUUAUUGAGGAUACCAAGACAAAGAAAGCAGAACUGGAAAUGAUGAAAGCUGCGAUAAAGACAGAGAAACACGAAACAGAAAACCUGAAGGACAUGAUAUCAAAGGAGAAACAUGACUUGGAACAAAUUAAGAUGCAGAUGGAAAAAGAAAUACUAGAACUGCAUAACACCAAGGACAUGAUAGAAAUUGAUGUUGGUAAGCUGGAACAAAGAAAGGUUGAGUUAGAAGGAGAAGAAGAUGGAGUGAAAAAUCAGAUGGCUGCACUGAAAGAGGAAGAGCAGAAUAUGAAAGAGACUAUUGGGAAGAUGAAAGAAAAUUUUGAGCAGAUUAAUGCCGAAAUACAACUACAAAGAGAUGAUAUUGCAACCCAAAUGGAAGAGUUAAAUGUCAAAAAAGAAGAGUUGGAAAACAUUCAAAUGGACAUCGACAGACAAAAAGAACAGAUGGACGAAAAGCAAAAUACUAUAAUCAUGGAAAAGAAUGAACUGGAAGAGAAGCUUGCUGGCAUGCAAAAACAAACGGAGGAGGUGGAAGCCAUCAUUGAAAUGACAAAGCGGGAGAAGGAGGAUGUGAUGAGGAUAAAGGCUGAAAUAGAGGAACAGAAAGAUCAAAUGGAAGACAAUCUGAUGGAAACUCUGAAACAUGACAGAGAAGAACUUGAACGUCUAAAACAUAACAUACAAAUUGAAAAGGCGGACCUCGAAAAAAUUACACAAUUGGCAAUGAAAGGUCGGGAUGAGUUGGAAUUACAAGUGUCUGAAAUGCAAACCCAAAGAGAGGGAAUAGAAAAAGACAAAAAAAAGAUACAAGAUGAGAAGGAUGAGGUGGAACAGAUCAAGAUGGAGUUACGGAGAAGGUCAGAGAAUCUAGACAAAAUUAUGGAGGAGACCAAGACAGAAAAGGAGAAUCUUGACAACAUGGCUGUCCAAAUCCAGAAGGAGAAAGAGGUAAUUGAAAGUGUUGUUGAGGAUAUCAAGGCAAAGAAGACUGAUAUGGAAUUGAUGAAAGCUGAGAUUGAGACAGAGAAACAAGAGACAGAAAACAUGAAGGAUGUGAUAUCAAGCGAGAAACGUUAUUUGGAGCAAAUGAAGAUUGAGAUGGAAAAAACCAAGGACAAGAUAGCAAUCGAUGUUGGUGAUUUGGAACAGAAAAGGGCUGAGAUUGAGAGAGAAAGAGAUGAAGCAGACAAGAGGAUGGUUGAAUUGAAAGAGGAAGAGCAAAGUAUGAAGGAGGAUAUUAAGAAGACUAAAGACAACCUAGAGCAGAUCAAUGCUGAAAUACAAUUACAGCGAGAGGACAUUGCAACCCAAAUGGAGGAGCUAAAUGUCAAAAAAGCAGAGUUGGAAAACAUCCAAGCUGAUCUAGACAGACAGAAAGUAGAACAUGAUGAGAUGAGAAAAUAUAUAUUUGUGGAAAAUAAUCAACUAGAUGAGAGGAAUUCUGCCUUGCAAAAACAAAGGGAGGAGGUGGGUAAAUUCAUGGAACCAACAGCUAUGGUGAAGAAAGAUGUGAUUAAGGCUGAAGUAAACACACAGACAGAGCCCAUGGAAGACAGCUUGGAGGAACAGCUCAAAAGGGGCAUGGAAGAAGUUGCAGGUCAAGACAUACAUAAAGAGAAAGAGGACCUGGAACAAACCAACAGGCUGGCAAUGAUAGAGAGGGAUGAGUUGGAAUCCAUGAAGUCUGAAAUAGGAAAACAAAGACAGGAAAUAGAGGAGAACAAACAAAAGAUAAAGGAUGAGAAGGAUGAGAUUGAAAAGAUCAAGAUGGAGUUACGGAGAAGAUCAGAGAAUCUAGACAAAAUAAUGGAGGAGACCCAGACAGAAAAGGAGAAUGUUGACAACAUGGCUGUCCAAAUCCAGAAGGAGAAAGAGGUAAUUGAAAGUGUUGUUGAGGAUAUCAAGACAAAGAAGACUGAUAUGGAAUUGAUGAAAGCUGAGAUUGAGACAGAGAAACAAGAGACAGAAAACAUGAAGGAUGUGAUAUCAAGCGAGAAACGUUAUUUGGAGCAAAUGAAGAUUGAGAUGGAAAAAACCAAGGACAAGAUAGCAAUCGAUGUUGGUGAUUUGGAACAGAAAAGGGCUGAGAUUGAGAGACAAAGAGAUGAAGCAGACAAGAGGAUGGUUGAAUUGAAAGAGGAAGAGCAAAGUAUGAAGGAGGAUAUUAAGAAGACUAAAGACAACCUAGAGCAGAUCAAUGCUGAAAUACAAUUACAGCGAGAGGACAUUGCAACCCAAAUGGAGGAGCUAAAUGUCAAAAAAGCAGAGUUGGAAAACAUACAAGCUGAUCUAGACAGACAGAAAGUAGAACAUGAUGAGAUGAGAAAAUAUAUAUUUGUGGAAAAGAAUCAACUAGAUGAGAGGAAUGCUGCCUUGCAAAAACAAAGGGAGGAGGUGGGUAAAGUCAUGGAACCAACAGCUAUGGUGAAGAAGGAUGUGAUGAAGGCUGAAGUAAACACACAGACAGAGCCCAUGGAAGACAGCUUGGAGGAACAGCUCAAAAGGGCCACGGAAGAAGUUGUAGGUCAUGACAUUCAUAAAGAGAAAGAGGACCUGGAACAAACCAACAGGCUGGCAAUGAUAGAGAGGGAUGAGUUGGAAUCCAUGAAGUCUGAAAUAGGAAAACAAAGACAGGAAAUAGAGGAGAACAAACAAAAGAUACAGGAUGAGAAGGAUGAGAUUGAAAAGAUCAAGAAUGAUUUACAGACACGGUCAGAGAAUCUAGACAACCUCAUUGAAGAGACAAAGAGGGAAAAGGAGAAUGUUAAGGACAGGGCUGUUCAAAUCCAGAAGGACAAGGAGGAAAUUGAACAUGUUAUUGAGGAUACCAAGACAAAGAAAGCUGAACUGGAAAUGAUGAAAGCUGAGAUAAAGACAGAGAAACAAGAAACAGAAAACCUGAAGGACAUGAUAUCAAAGGAGAAACAUGACUUGGAACAAAUUAAGAUGCAGAUGGAAAAAGAAAUACUAGAACUGCAUAACACCAAGGACAUGAUAGAAAUUGAUGUUGGUAAGCUGGAACAAAGAAAGGUUGAGUUAGAAGGAGAAGAAGAUGGAGUCAAAAAUGAGAUGGCUGCACUGAAAGAGGAAGAGCAGAAUAUGAAAGAGACUAUUGGGAAGAUGAAAGAAAAUUUAGAGCAGAUUAAUGGCGAAAUACAACUACAAAGAGAUGAUAUUGCAACCCAAAUGGAAGAGUUAAAUGUCAAAAAAGAAGAGUUGGAAAACAUUCAAAUGGACAUCGACAGACAAAAAGAACAGAUGGACGAAAAGCAAAAUGCUAUAAUCAUGGAAAAGAAUGAACUGGAAGAGAAGCUUGCUGGCAUGCAAAAACAAACGGAGGAGGUGGAAGCCAUCAUUGAAAUGACAAAGCGGGAGAAGGAGGAUGUGAUGAGGAUAAAGGCUGAAAUAGAGGAACAGAAAGAUCAAAUGGAAGACAAUCUGAUGGAAACUCUGAAACAUGACAGAGAAGAACUUGAAUGUCUAAAACAUAACAUACAAAUUGAAAAGGCGGACCUCGAAAAAAUUACACAAUUGGCAAUGAAAGGUCGGGAUGAGUUGGAAUUACAAGUGUCUGAAAUGCAAACCCAAAGAGAGGGAAUAGAAAAAGACAAUCAAAAGAUACAAGAUGAGAAGGAUGAGGUGGAACAGAUCAAGAUGGAGUUACGGAGAAGGUCAGAGAAUCUAGACAAAAUAAUGGAGGAGACCCAGACAGAAAAGGAGAAUCUUGACAACAUGGCUGUCCAAAUCCAGAAGGAGAAAGAGGUAAUUGAAAGUGUUGUUGAGGAUAUCAAGACAAAGAAGACUGAUAUGGAAUUGAUGAAAGCUGAGAUUGAGACAGAGAAACAAGAGACAGAAAACAUGAAGGAUGUGAUAUCAAGCGAGAAACGUUAUUUGGAGGAAAUGAAGAUUGAGAUGGAAAAAACCAAGGACAAGAUAGCAAUUGAUGUUGGUGAUUUGGAACAGAAAAGGGCUGAGAUUGAGAGAGAAAGAGAUGAAGCAGACAAGAGGAUGGUUGAAUUGAAAGAGGAAGAGCAAAGUAUGAAGGAGGAUAUUAAGAAGACGAAAGACAACCUAGAGCAGAUCAAUGCUGAAAUACAAUUACAGCGAGAGGACAUUGCAACCCAAAUGGAGGAGCUAAAUGUCAAAAAAGCAGAGUUGGAAAACAUCCAAGCUGAUCUAGACAGACAGAAAGUAGAACAUGAUGAGAUGAGAAAAUAUAUAUUUGUGGAAAAGAAUCAACUAGAUGAGAGGAAUGCUGCCUUGCAAAAACAAAGGGAGGAGGUGGGUAAAGUCAUCGAACCAACAUCUAUGGUGAAGAAGGAUGUGAUGAAGGCUGAAGUAAACACACAGACAGAGCCCAUGGAAGACAGCUUGGAGGAACAGCUCAAAAGGGGCAUGGAAGAAGUUGCAGGUCAUGACAUACAUAAAGAGAAAGAGGACCUGGAACAAACCAACAGGCUGGCAAUGAUAGAGAGGGAUGAGUUGGAAUCCAUGAAGUCUGAAAUAGGAAAACAAAGACAGGAAAUAGAGGAGAACAAACAAAAGAUACAGGAUGAGAAGGAUGAGAUUGAAAAGAUCAAGAAUGAUUUACAGACACGGUCAGAGAAUCUAGACAACCUCAUGGAAGAGACAAAGAGGGAAAAGGAGAAUGUUAAGGACAGGGCUGUUCAAAUCCAGAAGGACAAGGAGGAAAUUGAACAUGUUAUUGAUGAUAUCAAGACAAAGAAAGAGGAAUUAGAAUUGAUAAAAGCCGAUAUCGAGACAGAGAAAAACGUAAUUGGAAAUUUGAAGGACUUGAUAUCAAAGGAGAAAGAUGAUCUGGAACACAUGAAGAUUGAGAUGGAAAGAGAGAAGGAAGAAAUGGGCCAGAUCAAGACUGAUUUACAGAGGAGGUCAGAAAAUGUAGAGAGAAUGAUGGAGAAGACAAAAGGGGAUAAUGUUGAUGUAGAAGAAAUGGCUGCCAGCCAGCAAAAGGAAGAAGUGAUAAGUGUGGCAGACAUAGAUACACCGAGAGAAGAUGAUGAGGUAGCCAACUCUGCUGACAAGAGUGAGAGGAAAGAAGCUGAAACCAAAAUAAAACUCCUGACUAAUGCUUCAACACAGACAUCUCUUGUGGAGAUGGAAAUAUCACAAGAAAUGGAAGAAGGACAAGGACUCCAAAAAGAAAUCACAAUGGUGGAAAGGGAGGAACAAUCCCUUUUGAAGGCUUGGCCACAGACACAAGAAGACAAAACUGAAAGUAGAAUGGCAGAGUUAAUACAACACGAGAAUGAGUUGGAAAAGAUAAAGACUGAAAUACAGAGAGAAAAGAAGGAACUGGAAAACCAAAUUAUUCAACAGAAAGAGGACGAGAAGAUCAUGAUGGCAGAGAUAGAGACGAGGAGACAGAGCAUGGAGCAGGUCAGCGCAGACCUACUGAGACAGAGGGAAGAAAUUGAAAGUCAAAUGAAAGAACUAAAUGACAGAUGGGAAGAACUACAGUACAUGCAAUCUGAAAUGCAAAAGCAGAAAACAGAAAUAACAGAAAGUCAGAGUUCUACUGUUAAUCUACAAGAACAACCAUACACACACAAACAAAUAACGUUGGUAACAAAGGCGGACAUGGCUACUCUAGAAAAGAUUAAACCGUUGACAGAAGAGAGGUUACAAACUGUAGAUUUGAGGAGUUUGGCCCAGAGGGAAAAGGAUGAGCCAGAGCAAGGUAAGCCUGAGACAACGAUGACAGACAUAAGAGAAUCAACAAUGGAGGAGAAAGAAGAGCAAGAUCAGGUGAUCAAUGACCUGCAAAAAGAGCAGGAAGAAACAGAAAGAAAGGAGGAAACUAAGGGCAUAAAAGAGAAGACAGAGAGGGAGAAGGAUGGGCUGGAACGGGUUACCAUAGAGUCCCAGAGACUGUUGGGAGAUCUGGAGAACAUUGUGGAGGAAACCAUGGAGAAAGAGGGUACAGAGGACAUGGCUUUCCAAAUACAAAAGCAAAAGGAGGACAAUGUGAGAAUCAUUGAGGAGAUGGAGCAAAAGAAGGCUGCUUUAGAGCUGAUGAAUGUUGAGAUGCAAAGUGAGAGAGAAGAAAUAGACUCUAACAAGGCCAUGAUUGAAAGGGAGAAGGAUGGCCUGCAACAAAUGAAGUCUGAGAUUACGCAGCAAAGAGGCGAAAUUGAACAAAUUACAGCUGUCUUAAAGGAUGAGAAGGACACUCUUGAGCAAUUUAAGAUUGAGAUGGAAAGACAGAGACAAGAGAUGAUGAACAAUAUGGACUUGAUGGAAAGAGAGAGAGAUGAACUGGAAAAGACAAGGUCUGAGAUGGAGGAGUUGGAACACAUGAAAGCUGAAAUAGAAAGACUGAAGGAUGAAAUUGACAAAAGAAAGGGUGCAGCAAUGAUGGAGGUGCCUCAGUUGGAAUGCAUUCAGAAACAGAGAGAUGAAGUUGUCUUCGUCUCAGAUACAACACAGACAGAACAAAUAAAGGAUGAACCCGAACAAAGCAAGGUUGAGACACUUCACACAAAGGAAGAAAUGAUGGACUCAAUCAAGAAGGAGAGAGAAGAUCUAGAACAAAUGAGAGCUGACAUACAAAAACACAUGGAAGACAUCAAUAAAAACAAGAACGUGACAGAUAGGGGGAAGUAUGAGUUGGAGCAAAGACAGUUACUACUAAACCAGCAUGAGGAGGAAAUGGAAAGCUUGAGGCAACAGUUACAGAAGGAGAGAGAAGAGCUGGAUGAGAUUAUGAAUGACAUACAAAUCAAGCAAGACAUAUUAAAGAGUGAGAGGGAUCAAUUGGAAAAGAUAAGGGUUGAGAUCCAGAGAGAAAAGGGUACAGAAGGUUACUGGAUUACUCAACAUAAAGAAGAGGAGGGGAGGGAAAUGGAAUACCUGGAGUGGUCUUCAGCAGAGACAGACACUCUUAGCUCAGGAGCAGACAAUAUAAUGGCAGUAGGCAGUAGAGAGACGGCAGAGACAAAACAAAAAGUCAAAUUGGUAAAGCAAGAAACUGAAAAAGAUGUAAGCAAAACUGAGCAUAAGGACAAAAGGAGCUAUAUGAAUGUUGUGACACAAACGCAUUCAGAAGAGAUGCAAAAAGCACACAAAGUUCUGGAGCAGGUGAAUUCUGCAACACAAACCUCACCAGAGAAGAUGGAAGAAAUUGAGGAAGUAGGACAGUUGAAGAAGGAGGAUGAGGAGGGUGAGCUUGCACUACUGAUGGUUGAAAUAGACAAACAGAGAAAAGAGAUUGAAAACAACAUGGUGGAAAUAGAGAGAGAGAAGAAGGAGCUGCAACAGAUCAGAGCUGAGAUACAGACAGCCAAAAAAGAACUGGUGGAGACUGAGAUGCACGGACAGAUCAAAGAUUCCACUGAGAUCCAGAGACAGAUCAAAGAUUCCACUCAACUUAGAGAAGAAACUGAGAACAGCCUCAGACAGAAGACAACUACAACGCAAGUUGAGUUGGAUCUGACAACAGAUGAAAGGCUUCCAAAGAAAGAUCAUUUGGAGAAAAUCCGUCAAGAAGCUCAGACAGAAAGGGAGGAGAUCGAGAAGAUUAAGCACAGGGUUCAUGAAAUGAAAGAACAUCUAGAGGAAAGACUAGUGGUGAUUCAGAGACAUGAGUUGGUACAGAGAACAAGAAUACAAAGAGAGAAAGAAGAGUUAAAGAAGAUGAAGGCAGAGUUGGAGAGAGGCAGCCAAGCUCUGCAAAGAGAGUGGGACAGAGGUAGGAGGAAACUUCAGGAGAAGGACCAGGAGCUUGAGAUGCUAAAAGUGGAGAUGUUCAGAGAGAUCGAGAGACUGCAGGUUAAUAUGGACAAAGAGACAGAAACACUCAAGACAAGUGACAAAGGUAUCCAAACCUCAGACGUGGUAUUAACCGUAGACGAAGAGAGACUGUGGUUGAUGGAGGAAUCAACAAUGGAGGAGUACAGUAUGCUGGCAGAAAUAAGUCAAGAAACAGAGCAAACUACAGUGGAUAUGACAUUUGCCAGAUCAUCACUGGAGCUCCAGGCUCAAUCAGAGGAGCACACAGUGAUAGAGGAUGCUCAGAUGAGCGUAGUAGAAGCAGAAACUUCUCCACCUGGAUUCAGCCGGUUGCUACGGUGGUUUUGGCGCUACUGCUGUUGCUGCUGCCGCUGUUGUGACUGGUGCGGAAGGGAGUGUGAAGAAGAGGAGGAGGACAUAGUAUAGUCCCAACUCUUAAGUCAGCAAAAUUGUGCUUCAUAGAAGCUUAGAGAGUACAUAAAGUUAAACAACCCCACUAUCAUUGAUGAUGAAUCAGAUUCUGAUUCAUCAUCAAUGAUAGUGGAGUAGUUUAACUUUAAUUUAAUGCGUAUUUCUUUUUUCAUAACUUUUCCAAAUAAUUGUAUUUAGUGUGCAAUAGUAUCACCAGCCUUCACAACAAUAUCAGUGGGGCUCAAAAUAAAUAAAUUGCUAUGUAAAGACUGUGUGAAACAAUCUGUUUCAGUAAUAUGAAUUGUGAAAAAACACCAUCGUUAUUAAUCAUUCAGUUACAUCAUGUAUGAUAUGUAUUCUAUUACGCCAUGAUAAGACAUCAUGUUUAGAUGAUGAUAUGGAACAACCUGAUUUAUAUGGCUAAAUUGGAGUGUUGUAAGUGUUGUGCAGGAUUGCAGCGCUAUGUAUUUACUAUUAUGAUGAACUAAGUUUGCACUGAAUAUUAAAUCUAGAGAGAGCAAAAUGUACCUUUAUUUAUUUAUUCAUUAUAUUUAUAAUUAAAUAUUUAUUUAUUAUCUCUUUUUACAGCUUUUGUUAAAGAUGCACUGGUUCCUGAAUGGACUCUUAUCAAGAUUUGUCAUAAUAAUAUGUCAAAAAAAGUUAUUUCUAUUAUUUUUUGUU